AUGGGGGCAGAGCACGAUGGCUGCAGCAAGAUCCUGAGGCUUCAGGCCAAGCGUCUGGAUUUCAAGAAUACACAACAGGAGUAUCUCGUCAAAGAACUGGAGAGGGAGAUGUCCAUCCUCCUGAACUUAUACCAGACUCUGGCAAAUGCCCAGGUGCUUUCCAGACAGACAAAGGUCCCCCUGGAAGAGUUACCUUGGACAGAGCUUUGUGCACUCUUGCAUGAGAAUAUUGAAGCCCUGGUCUCGAACUUCAGCAAGGCUAACCAGAGGAUAUCUCACCUAGAACAUACUUGCAAGCAAAAGACUGACACUAUGAACAACCUUCUGCAGAACCAGGAGGAUGCUUUUGAGAAAAUGUCUGAACACUUUAAAGCACAGGAACAUUUAUGGCAGAAAGAAAAGAAAUAUCUUGAAGAGCAGUACUCAAAUUGCCUUGCAGAAAUUCAAGCCAGAGCACAGGAAUGUGAAGAAAGGGAGCAGAAAAACAGGCAAAAACUGUGUGGCCUUGAACAAAUGUGUGCACAACUGACCCAGGAAAACAAUUCCUUGAAAAAUUCAUUAUUAGAUGCUUUCAAGGCAUGCUCAUCCCUGCUGGCAGCCUGUGCGCUGCUGUCAGGGGCCCUGUGCUCUCUCUAGGGCCGACUGUGCGCCACGUCUUGCCAAAGAGACAUUCUCCAGGAACAGGUGAACCAGCACCAACUCCUGAACCACAAGAUCGUCAGCCUCCUUUAUGCUCUCCCUGCUGUCAUGGAAAGAAACCAGGACGACGGCAGGCUGAGGCAGAGAAGAGCCAAGAACCUGGUUUAUGCGUUCCGAAGGGCUGUGAUCGCAGUUCUGGCUGCUAACAGGCUGAGGGCUCUGGCCCGAUAUUCUUGUACCUUUUUCGUCUGGACAGAUGGAUGCAGAGGAAGCUCUGGAAUUCAAGUUUGUCUGGGAGAAUCCAGAGGCAGACAUCCUGUGACACGUUUUGGAGAGGAAGGAGUUGACUGGAUUGAAGCACUUCACUGGUUGUCUAGCUCUAACCUCUAUACUGCAAUAAUCAGCUCCAUCUCAGAACUGGAGGGUGUUCUCAGCAAACAAGAUUCAGAGCUCUGGCUUUCUAGUAACUCGCUGAUCGGCACAGCCAGGAACUGCUUUGCACAACUGAUGGACAACCUGAGCGUUCUGAUGGAGACAGUUCAAGGGAACGCUCGUGGGUGCAGAGCCUACCUGGAGAGGGACUCGCUGAUAGAGAGGCUGGCUUGUGGCCUCCAGAGAGGAACACUGUCCCAGGCUGAGCAGGGAGCUGCAGAGCCAGAGCCUGUAGGUAGCCUUCUGCCCCAGGUGUGGGCAAGACUGUUCCAACAACAGCAGCACCUCCUGGAUCCUGUGCAGCCCUGGCUGUGUGAGAGGCUGGCAGAAAUCUAUGGGGACCAGUGGUGGAGGGCAGAGGCUGCAGAGGCCUCCAUCCUGCACAGCCUUUGUGCCCAUGGUCCAAAUGCAGAGGCCUUGGUGGAGGUGCUGCAGCCUCUCCUCAGCGGGCACACAGCACCACUGGUCCAUGGCAUCAUCAGCACCAUUGUGGGCCAGUGCAGCGAGGAGGCCCAGAGGCUGCUGCGCUUCCAUCACACCAGAGAGGACAACAGGCCUGUGGCCAGCACCAGCUCCAGCAGCUCCAACUGCACUAGCUUGCAGGAGAGGACUCCUGCCACUGGCUCUGCAAGCUUCAACAUGGAGGAGGAACCUGGAAUGUUACAGGCCAGCCUCCAAGGGAGUCACAGCUGUCCCCAACCUGUGCCUGACCCUGCAGAGGUGGACCAGCCCCAGGAGGACCCAGAGCAACCAGCAGUGGCAGAUGCCUCCCCUCAAUGA